UGUCAGUUUUGAUGAGGCUGUGAAUGUCACUUCACAGUUCACACUAAAAAUGUCGAAAAGUGUGUCAAAGCAAUUUCAUUUCACAAUUUACGAAUUUUAAAGCGUUAAUUCGCUCGCGACAUUACACGCUCGCGUUCACAAAUCGUGUGUUGUCGUCGACUUUAUUGAAAAAAACUUCAUAACAUAAUCGGAUAACUGAAACCGGCUGCAAAGCAGCAAGUACGCCGCAGCCAGAAUGAAAGUGUGGGGCGCUCAUGGCGAAUUCUGCGCCAGACAUCAAUGGGAGGUAAUCGUGGCUACCCUGGCUUUGUUAGCCUGCGCCGCGAGUGUGGAGCGACAUGGAACAGGAACUCGAGCGGAAAGAUGCGCGGGCUGGGCUAGGGCUUGCCCGGGUCUUGAAGCUGAGUAUCAAGCGGCCGAUGCAGUCAUCAUGACCUUCGUCCGUUGCGCCGCACUACUAUAUGCCUAUUACCAAGUUUCGAAUCUCCAGAAAAUUGCUUCAAAGUACCUACUCAUCAUUGCUGGUGUUUUCUCAACUUUUGCCAGUUUCAUCUUUACGUCAGCCCUUGCAGGUUUAUUCUGGAGCGAAUUAGCCAGUAUUAAAGAUGCCCCGUUUUUGUUCUUACUGGUUGCUGAUGUGGCGAGAGGAGCAAGGAUGGCGAAGGCCGGUUGGAGUGCAGGCGAAGAUCAGGGCAAGAGAGUAGGGAAAGCACUUUCUCUGCUCGGGCCGACAGCGACGUUAGAUACACUUCUAGCGGUCCUCCUUGUCGGUGUUGGUGGCCUAUCAGGCGUUCCUAGAUUAGAGCAUAUGUGCACAUUCGCAUGCUUAGCAUUGUUAGUGGACUACUUGGUAUUUGUAACCUUCUACCCUGCCUGUUUGUCACUUGUAGCAGACUUUGCAUCGGGUAGAAAAGAAAUGGGAUCGGAUAGUCCGUUUUCCGAAAACGACUUAAAACCUAAUCCAGUUGUGCAAAGAGUGAAAAUGAUUAUGGCUGCAGGACUACUUUGUGUUCACUUAACUAGCAGGUGGCCUUGGACUCGAGAAAAUGGAAUGAUAGAAGGAUCUCUGACUAGCGACUUUAAGUCUGGAUCUCACGAGAACAUUUUAUUCCACUCCUACGUCAAGUGGUUUUCGGUCAGUGCUGAUUAUAUAGUAAUCGCUACACUGUUAUGCGCUUUGAUUAUAAAAUUCAUCUUUUUCGAAGAACAGAAAAAUUGGAUUAUCGAUAUGAAUGAUUUGACAGUUAAAGAAGUUGUAAAACACAAGGAAAAACCAAAGUUCUCCCUCGGCGAAGACGUGAAAUCCGAAAUGUACACACAAACAGAUGAUCUAUUCAGUUCUGAAGAUUAUGAAUGGCCAUCGCUAUCGCCUAGUUCUUCAGCCGCAAGACUUAAUGCUAAAAAACGUCCGAUGGCUGAAUGCUUGGAAAUCUAUCGAUCAGAAGGAGUUUGUACUUCUCUUAGCGACGAUGAAGUUGUUAUGCUUGUUGAACAAUCUCAUAUUCCAUUACAUAGGCUCGAAACCGUCUUGAACGAUCCUUUGCGAGGAGUGAGGUUGCGCAGAAGAGUUAUAUCCGCUAGGUUCCAAACAGAAGUUGGCAUCAAACAACUACCAUAUCUGAAUUAUGAUUAUAGUAAAGUUUUAAACGCUUGCUGUGAAAACGUUAUAGGCUAUGUUGGUAUACCAGUUGGAUAUGCUGGUCCUUUAGUCGUCGAUGGUAAAGCUUAUAUGAUACCUAUGGCUACGACUGAAGGCGCUUUAGUAGCAUCUACAAACCGUGGUGCUAAAGCCAUUGGCACAAGAGGAGUGACCAGUGUUGUGGAAGAUGUAGGUAUGACUAGAGCCCCCGCUGUGAAACUACCAAACGUUGUACGUGCCCACGAAUGCCGUCAGUGGUUAGAUAAUAAAGAUAACUAUGCUUUGAUAAAAGAAGCGUUUGAUUCAACCUCAAGAUUUGCUCGACUUCAAGAAGUUCACGUAGGUGUUGAUGGGGCAACUUUAUACUUAAGAUUCAGAGCCACUACUGGAGAUGCUAUGGGCAUGAACAUGGUCUCUAAAGGAGCUGAAAAUGCGCUGAAAUUACUCAAAAAUUUCUUCCCCGAUAUGGAAGUAAUAAGUCUUUCCGGAAACUAUUGUUCUGAUAAGAAAGCCGCAUCAAUCAACUGGGUUAAAGGUAGAGGCAAAAGAGUCGUUUGUGAGACAACAAUAUCGGCUGAAAAUUUAAAGAAUAUAUUUAAAACUGAUGCUAAAACAAUGACACGUUGCAAUAAAAUUAAGAAUUUAUCGGGAUCUGCGUUAGCGGGAUCGAUUGGCGGUAAUAACGCUCACGCGGCUAAUAUGGUAACGGCUAUCUUCAUAGCUACAGGACAGGAUCCAGCUCAGAAUGUAACUAGCAGCAAUUGCUCGACCAAUAUGGAAGUCUGUGGAGAAAACAGAGAUGAUUUGUACGUAACUUGUACAAUGCCUUCUCUGGAAGUGGGAACAGUCGGUGGUGGUACCGUUCUGACGGGUCAAGGAGCCUGCUUACAAAUCCUCGGAGUUAAAGGAGCUGGUGCACGCCCAGCUGAAAACUCAGCCAGACUGGCUUCUCUAAUUUGCGCCACUGUAUUGGCUGGUGAACUGAGUUUGAUGGCUGCUUUAGUCAACUCUGACUUAGUCAAGUCACACAUGCGUCAUAAUAGAUCCACAGUAAACGUCCCGAGCAUUUCGAAUGACAUGACGUUAAAGGUACCGAAGUUAUAACACUGGCUACUUAAUAAUUGUACAGUCGAUUGUGGAUUAUGAAAGGCUUUAUUUAGAACUAACUGUAAUACCAAAAAGCUACUGCCUACACUGAUAUGUACAACGAUAUCUUGAAAUGUGUGCUGUUUAUUCACUGAUGUGUGUAUAUUUAUUAAUUUUGCUGUUACACAUUAAAACAUAGAUAUAAAUGUGAGAAAGAAAAUUGGGCCCAAAAUUAUACCCUUCGAGAGUAAUCAUGAAAAGUUAAAUGCUACAAAUAUACACUAAGUAACUCUUCAUGUAAUAAAUAUUAAACGUAAAUGGCCACAACUUAAUGUAAGUAUAUUUAAGUCGAGAAAAUAAUCGUUUAUUUAACGACGUGUUAUGAAAUUGAAUGCAUGUGAUCAAAAUGAAAUGUGAAAAUCGAAUGGAUUUGAUGUUAUGAAGUUACAUGUAAACUUGUAACCCGUUAUAUGCGUUAUUAUAGAACAAUCUUGUAGGUGCAUGUGUAAAA